UGAAAAGCUGAAAUAAUCUUUCAGGAAGGUGUUUGUUUGUCUAUAAAUAAAUCCACUUUGAUACUGCCUAUCUUCAGACAGUGCCUUGCACUAUAGGGUCUUCUUGGCUGUGUGUUUGUUAUCACCAUGGGAUUUAUUUCUCCAGGUUUGCUUUUUCUAUUGGCAAUACUUGUGCUGAUAUUAGGCACACCAUGCUCAAGUGUCUUUGGGAAGAUUGAAAGUAAUGUGAAAUCAGCUGUUUUUCUGUCUCCCAAGUUUGAACUUGGACCUGGAUCGGUUGCCAAUAAAUUUUAUUAUGAUGUUGAUUUUCCAAGGGGUCAUAUUGCACUUAAGAGUUUCAACGCUGAAGUAGUUGAUGAAGCAGGAAACCCUGUACCUCUCCAUGAAACCUAUCUCCACCACUGGCUUCUUGUAAAAUACUAUCAACCUAAAUAUUUGACAACACACACACACUCUAGGUAUGAUGACCAUGGGAUACUUCACGACUCUGACUUUAUAAUGGCGAGGAACAGUGGUAUAUGCCAGAGAAAUAUUCUUGGACAAUACUAUGGCCUUGGAUCUGAAACGCGAGGAACAACUACUGAUGUUCCAGAUCCUUUUGGGAUAGUUCUAGGUAAUCCUGCUGACAUUCCAGAGGGGUAUGAAGAGAAGUGGAUUAUCAAUGUCCAUGCCAUUGAUACUCGAGGUGUAGUGGAUAGGAUGGGGUGCACAGAGUGCAAGUGUGGCCUUUACAAUGUUACAAAGGAUCAAUAUGGGAGGCCUCUAAGGCCAGACUAUAAAGGAGGUUCGUUGUGUUGCUAUGAUCAAACUCAGUGCAGAUUGAGGGAAGACUUUGAGGGCCCAAAGAGGAGUCUCUACCUAAGAUACACAGUAAAGUGGGUUGAUUGGGACAAGUUCAUUGUUCCUGUUAAGAUUUAUAUACUAGAUGUGACCGAUACUUUAAAAAUAUCAGAUGAUUCUAAAGGGUUGAUCCCAGAGCAUGAUUGCCGAGUUGAGUAUGAUGUUGAAUCUUGCAGCACUAACCACAAGAAUAAUGGCUGUCUUGAUGUAAUGAGGACAACGUUCCCAAUGCAAAAGGGUGGUUAUGUUGUCUAUGGUGUUGCCCAUCAGCAUUCAGGUGGCAUUGGAUCAACUCUAUAUGGACAGGAUGGAAGAGUUAUAUGUUCUUCAAUACCAAGUUAUGGAAAGGGAAAGGAAGCAGGAAAUGAGGCAGGCUACAUUGUUGGAAUGUCCACUUGUUAUCCUCGACCAGGUUCUGUCAAAAUAAUUGAUGAUGAAACUUUAACUCUAGAGUCCAACUACAGCAGCACCCCUGGGCACACUGGAGUAAUGGGGGUUUUCUACUUAUUGGUGGCAGAACAACUCCCACAUCAACACUUUACACAUUCCUCUCGUUCUUCUUCAUUCAUUAUGAAUAUAAAUAGUAUAUUUGAAUGAUAGUAACGAGCGACAUGGUAAUAUAAGUGCUGUAUCGUAGAUUCUCAGCCUCAAGUUUGAGAAAUAUAUAGUUAUCAGAUUAUUAGUCAUGUGUUGUUGAUGGUUUGUACUGUUUGUCUUAAACCACUCUUCCUUGUAUGGUUAUGUUAUGUUUGUUAUACAUAGAAUGGUUUUCCUUAUAUGGUUAUCUUAUGUAAAGGUUUAAGGUUAUAAAGCUACUAGCAUAAAUUAAGUUGUUAA